CGCGAGGGCCCUCAGUACAGGUCGCAGGAUUUUGGCGCGCUCUUUUUGUUGGUUGGGUGUCCUCGCCGGUGAUUGGUUCCGUGCUGUGGCGGCUGCUGGGUCGACCUCGGUUGCACAGAGGCCGCGCAGCCCUCGUCUGGCCUCCUGGGGGAUGGGCCACCAGGAAUCUCCACUGACCAGAGCAGCGGCGGGAGGUGCGGCUUACAUAAAGAGGUUACGUAAAGCGCUCAGCUGGCGCGAACUCGAGGACAGACACGGGGAUCUGGAAGCCGGGGCCUCCCCCGGGAGCGUUGCUGUCACCACAGGAGCCGCGCUGCGACCGAACACACGUCCCGCUCGGGUCUCCGCCUCGCGCUCUACUCGGCUCCGUAGACAAGCCCGGCUCGGAACGGACCAUCCUCGGGCGCGGGCUCCAGGGGGGAACCGGCCCGCCCGGAAGUGGAACAGCGCCGGCCAGAUCACAAUCCAAGGUACCGCUCCUCCACAUCUCGGGGCUAGACGGAGGGAUGAGGCAGGGGGGGCCCGGGCGGCGCCGUUGCUGCUCCCCCCGCCUCCCGCAGCCAUGGAAACGGGGAAGGAGGACGGAGCCCGCAGAGGGACAAAAAGCCCGGAGCGGAAAAGGCGAAGCCCAGUACAGCGGGCGCUCUGCACGAAGCUGAGGCCGGCGGCCCAGGCCAUGGAUCCAGCUAUGGUCGAGGCCCCGGGCGAGGCCUUCCUGGCCCGGCGGCGGCCGGAGGGCGGCGGCGGCGGAGGUGGUCCUGCGCGGCCGCGCUACAGCCUGUUGGCGGAGAUCGGGCGCGGCAGCUACGGCGUGGUUUACGAGGCUGUGGCUGGGCGGAGUGGGGCCAGGGUGGCAGUCAAGAAGAUCCGCUGCGACGCCCCCGAGAACGUGGAAUUGGCACUAGCUGAAUUCUGGGCCCUGACCAGCCUGAAGCGCCGUCACCAGAAUAUCGUGCAGUUUGAGGAGUGCGUCCUGCAGCGCAACGGGUUAGCCCAGCGCAUGAGUCACGGCAACAAGAACUCACAGCUGUACCUGCGCCUGGUGGAGACUUCACUCAAAGGAGAAAGGAUCCUGGGCUAUGCUGAGGAGCCCUGCUAUCUCUGGUUUGUCAUGGAGUACUGUGAAGGUGGAGACCUCAAUCAGUAUGUCCUGUCCCGGAGACCAGACCCAGCCACCAACAAAAGCUUCAUGCUACAGCUUACAAGCGCCAUUGCCUUCCUGCACAAAAACCACAUCGUGCACAGGGACCUAAAGCCAGACAACAUCCUCAUCACCGAGCGGUCUGGCACCCCCAUCCUCAAGGUAGCAGACUUUGGACUGAGCAAGGUCUGUGCAGGGCUGGCACCUCGAGGCAAAGAGGGCAAUCAAGAUAACAAAAAUGUGAAUGUGAAUAAAUACUGGCUGUCCUCAGCUUGUGGCUCAGACUUCUACAUGGCUCCUGAAGUCUGGGAGGGUCACUAUACAGCCAAGGCGGACAUCUUUGCCCUGGGCAUUAUCAUCUGGGCAAUGAUAGAAAGAAUUACUUUUAUUGACUCUGAAACCAAGAAGGAGCUCCUGGGGACCUACAUUAAACAGGGGACUGAGAUCGUCCCUGUUGGUGAGGCGCUGCUAGAAAACCCAAAGAUGGAGUUGCACAUCCCCCAGAAACGUAGGACUUCCAUGUCUGAGGGCGUGAAGCAGCUCUUGAAAGACAUGUUAGCUGCUAACCCACAGGACCGACCUGAUGCUUUUGAACUUGAAACCAGAAUGGACCAGGUCACAUGUGCUGCUUAAACUCCAGGGCUGACCGUCUUGGGUGUUUUUAAACUAGGUCGAUCCUUCGGGACCCACAGUCUCACCAUGUCUCACAGGAUGGCAGAGGGUGCAGGUGGUGGCGACCUCCUGACAGCCGGACCUCCCACAAUGUGAAGCUUUUGCUUGGGUUUCCCAUGCUACCCUUUUCUUUUUCCUUUAUAAUAAUAAUAAUAAUUAAACAUUAAACCAUCAAGACUUCUGAAGAGCAGAAGGCUACACUCUGGACAGGCACCUUUUUAUUGUUUGGUUUUUCUUUUGUUUUGUUUUUAAGAACAUUGAAUGUGGGAAAAACUUAUGCAUAUAUUCACCGUUAAUUUCUUAAGUUAGGAAGCAAUUUUGGUUUUAUCUUUCAUGUUCUGUUUUUUCUUACACAUCUCAGUUCUGCUUUAGCAUCCCACUUCCCAAAGCUCUGGUGUUUCUCCUGGAAAGGGAUACGAAGAUAGAAGGAAGCAGCCUCUGCGUUACCUCCCUAUGAGACGUGGGAACUCUUGGACUCCUUGGUCCUGGCCAGCCUUUGGCCAGCCCUUGGGCCUCAGACAGGAUCAGAGGUGAAGAACCUCUCAGCAGAGGAAGACCAGGGUCCAGCCAGAAGGACUUUUAAAGAAGACCAUAGUCUGGUUCUCUUUAAGCUCUUGGGAGCCCCAGGCCACACCAGGACUCACUAUAGUGGGAACAGCUUCCUUCUGCCCUUUCCAACCAGGGUCUCUGAGCAAGGAGACCAAGAGUGAUCAUCCCAUCACUGGGGAUAAAAAAACCCACCCUCUCUAAUGUUAGGACUGUUGUGCCAACCCUCUAUCAGACUUGGUCUUCCUUGGCCUCUUGUCACUGCUAUGAGGCCAAUACCUUUUAUCCUCUGUCUCCUGAAUUGUCUUCCCAGUGUGCUGCAAGUCCAGCCGGUCACAGAGACUACCUAGGCCCCAAGAGCCAGUUUUGACUGUUGCAGAGUACCCUCUACUGGCUGCUGCCAUGAUUUCCUUACAGUGAAACGUGUACCCUGUGUACCAGGAUCCAUGGUGUCACUCACCAUUGGGUGACACUGUCAAGCGCCAUCUCUCUUAACCCCCAGGGACUUCAUAUUAGGUGGUAAGCUUUGUUGUAACUUGUCUGAGAAGAGAAAGGACCUGCCUUGCAUAGGGAGGUGUGAGGCAGACAGGGAUGCCCAUGUGGUUAUUAGAGGGCCCUUAUAGCAGCUAGGCUGUCUUAAAGCAUCCCCGACCUAGAUCCCGUGACUCUGCUGCCUCUGUUUGAAUAGCCUUCACUCUAACUCCCUUGCAGAGUUCUUAUAGCUUCCCAAGGGAGGAUCACUUCCCCCCAGCUGCUCCAUGGACCGCAUCAUCCUUUCUGGCGCCCUCUACUUGGAUGCAACCUUUGGUUGCUCCAAAACUUUUUCCUAUUUUUCACCUUGUUCUGGCCACAUGGGAUGGGGUUUCUAGACAAGGGAAGAAGGUAUCUGUUCAUUCUUCCUAAACUAGCAUAGGAGGGAUAGGGAAGCAAGAGGUCAAGGGGGGGCUUUUCUGCAAGCAGCUGUCCCUUGGUCCUAUAGUGUGGGGAAGACCAGCACAACAUUGAACCAUGCUUAGCUGUGUCCACUUGCAUUUUCCAGCCUUCUCUCAGGCAACUCAGCACCAAAGUUUUUUUCUCCUCUUGGCCAGAGGUAAGCUGCUGUUCCUGUGGGUACGUGGCUGCAGGUGGUAUGUAGGCCCUUACCUUGUACUAUUCUGUGAUAGCAUCUUGUCUCCUUGAGUGACUUUUUAAGCAGCCUCCUGAGCCUAAUCAGAGUGGCACCUGGGAGGGUGGGAACAGCAGCAUCCCAUAAUUGCAAAAUCCAUUCCAUUUCUUCUGUUUCACUUCCUUCCUUCCCUUGGGUACUGCUGUGUCUUUGCCUGAACAAAUGGGAAAAGCAGUCUCCGACCCACUCUUAUUGCCCUAGUCCUGCUCUGGGUUCCUGGUAAAGGCUCAGGCCUAGCAAAUCACUACUCUACCUACCAUUUCUUUCUCUUUUCCGUCUCUUAGCUCUCUACAAUCAAAACUUACUUGGGUGUAUAGUGCUUUCCCACCGUACUUUUCUAGGUGUCAAUGUAAGCCCCCAUAGGUUGUAGGUGGGUAGCCUGAUGAGGGGCAGCCUGUUUCCCUGCACCUUAUUUUCCACGACUCCCAGCUGGUUCUGGCCUGGUGAUUGCACCUCUUCUCUGGCUCAGAUGAGAGCCAGGUCUUGAGCCCCAAGUGCCUGUUCCUGUUUUUUUCUUCCCUGUUUUUCUCUUGUGAUCUAUGCUAUCACCUGCCAGCCAGUUGGAAGCUGGCUGGGUGACAUGCUUGCUGUGCUGUGGCCGGUGAGUCAGCCCCUGGUGGGCUCUGUAGUCUUCUCAAAGCCCAGCUCCCUUGUCCCUCUUGAGGAUCAGCGACUGCCUCCUCUGUUGUUUUCCCCUUCUGCCUCUGUGUGGGUUGUAGACCUGCCAGUAGCUCUGUGGGGCAUCAUCUCAGGUGCCUCCAGGUUUAUUAGAUCUGCCCACAUUCUAGAAGUUUGCAGAACUUCCAACUAACAUUUGUACUUUUCUUGGCUGUGAGGAUUGCCUGUUGGGAGACCGGCCUGAACUGAGUUCUUUCUCUGCUCAGAGCUCAGCUCCCUGUGUGUGAAGGGAGUCAGCAGGACAGAUUAUAGUGCCUUAUUCCAUUGUCCUCCCCUGUCCAGACUCUGCCGGAAGCAGGUGGCUGUCUUCUCUUUGUCCAUUUGUCACUUAUAUUCUCCCACCUGUACAUAGCCACAGGGGAGGAAAACCCUGGGCCCCACCCACCUCCUGUGGGCUGUAUCCAGACACCUGCCUCCUGCCUCCGUGGCCCUCAUAGCAACUCUAGACCAGGACCAAAUACUGCUCCCCACAUGCACAUGCCUUUGCCCCUCCCUGUUAACCUCAAGCAGGAAGACACCCGCCGCACCAUCCAAACUGGCUCCAGCUAACUAACUCCCUUCUGGUCACAGGAGACUAAGGUUUAGUAGCCUCGCCUAGCUCUAGGGCAUUGGGGCAGGGACUAGGAACUCUAUUCCCACCUAGUAGGGUUGCCCUUAGGCUGCCCGAGGGAUGUUUUAAUGUUUACUUAGAGAAAUACCCUGUUUACAGCUGGAGAAGUGCGCCCACACUAGGUGAAAAUCGGACUCGGGAUAGGGCCUGGCAUCCUUUGUGGCACUGCCAGCGCUAGCUCCAGUGGCAGUGAAGGCCUGGAGUGAGUAGAGGCCCUUAGCUCACUCUGCUUCCGAACCCCGUGGUGCUAAGACCACUCCCUAGCUUUCUCCUAGCCUUCUUGCCCCAACAGUCCCCAUCAUUCCUUCCUCCAAGAUUCUCAGCUCUCUGACAUAUCACUAUUUUAGAAAAACCAGUGUUUGCAGCAAUAAGGUUACAUUGUUUUUGCGUGAAUCUUUUUCCAAGAAGAGCAUUGUGGGAAUCUGUUUAUGCUGUUAGCUGUUUUCUGUUUUAGAAGACAGCUUAAAGGAUGGAUUUUAUGUGGGUUUUAACCUAUAAGUAUCUUGGAAAUUUUGGAAGAGCCAGACUGCUAUCCUCGAAGGAUGGGACUGUUACUGCCCUGCCUUAUUCUGAUGCCCCUUCUAGCCCUGCCCACCAUGAGUCCUUCCCUCCUGUCUCUUGCUCGUUUGCCCCACCUUCCACAUCUGGGAGCACUAGUGACUUAACUCUAGGUGGGCCUUUGGGUUAUUCCUCCCCUUGACUGGGUUCUCUCCGCCCGGCAGCUCCAGACAGCUGCUGGGAGUCUACCUCAGAAUUGGCUAAGCUUGGUUAUUCAGCUAUCCAGGCCAGCAGACUCUGGAGGCUGAUGCCUCUGCCUUCCCUGAUUCUGAGCUUGUCCUACGGUCUAACUUGGAGGGAAUGGAGCCUUGGCUGGAAACAUGCUCUGGGAGGGGGCCCUGCAGGUACCAUAUAGCAUUGGCUGUUGUCAGCAUCCACAGCCAUCACGGAGGGACAAGUCUGCUGCCAUUGGUUGCCUAGGGGCCCCUAGGACUGGGGAGAGUACCAGAAGGAGUGAGCCUUUUUUUAAGUCCAGAUGAGAUCAUAGGAAGAAGAAAACCUACUUAGGGAACAUUUUUUAAAAAAAAAUUGUUCCAAAGGCUACUUGCCAUCAAAACUGGAGGAUAUUUCAGUUAUUCUUAAUGCCCAUGUGGGUCAGACUUGGUUUUGAGGGAGGUUUAAAGCCAGGCGCAAGGUUAGUUUCAAAUAUUAGUUAGUCUAAUUUUCCCUUUUUUUUUUUUUUUUUUUUUUUUUGCACAGAAGCUGGUAAUAUAGGACCUAUGUGUGAACAACUUUAUAUGAAUAUUUUUUGUACUUGGCUUACUUGGGCUGGUAUGAUACAUUAUAUUUAAGUUCUUUGAACACUGUGGAUCCCCUGAUGUGUAUGAAUGACUGAAGCUUUGUAAAUUAAGGGACGUUUGUGUGAAUAAAGUUAUUGCUGGGGUCAAAAAAAGCCAUAUGUUAUUUGUAAA